AUGGGAAAUCUAGAUUACGGUAUCUCCCAGCUAGCUUGUCCUGUAGAUGGCGAAUUGACGUGGGAGCUUCAACAACGGGGUUCACACACCUUUUGGGUAUCCAAAGACCACGGCAGAGAGUAUUCAACUGUAAUGGAGUCUUCAGGAACUGUGCCGACUGCUUUGUUUCCCCAUGAUAAGCAGGAAGAAGCGCAACGGUCUUUACACGAGCUAUGGCGUUUAUUCAGUCCUCUACCGCCCAUUCCAGAGAAUAAGGUGCGUGUUCUUGAUAUCAAGUGUGGUACAGGGGACUGGGCAAACGAUAUCGUUACACUUUCUAGCAACUUCAUAGUUGAGGGGUUUGAUGUCUCUGACAUUGUCACUGAACAAGAAUAUUGUUCUUUUUAUAUUAGGGACUUGAGUCUUCCGCUCUGCGAGUCUGAAGUUGAUGUGUACCAGUUGUUGCAUACCCGACAGGCGAUGCAAUAUAUUCCAGACAAACCCGCGUUUGCUGCGAACUGCUUCCGGGCAUUGCUACCAGGUGGUAACCUGGUAAUUGAGGAAGCACAUCUGGUCCCAGAAGUCGUUGCCGAUCUUCCUCUUGCUGCCUUCAACGAGUGGGAGGCCAAACUCGUAAAAAGAUACCAAGCAAGCGCGACGGAGAGCAUGAAAGCAGCGCUGGAGGAUUGUGGCUUGCGAAUUAUAUGGGAAACCACAUCGAGGUUAACUCUAUACGGCGAAAAGUCAGAGCACUUCCUCGCGUUCAAAGUUUUUAUCCAAGAAUACAGCCUGCUGCUGCUCCGGGAAACAAAACUUCCCUUCGCAGAGGCACAAGUAACCAUUGCCAACAUGAUCAAGGAACUACAGCAAGAGAAUGUUCGAGUGUACUGGAAGUUUUGCAUGCCAGUCGACCUCUUACGCAAGCUUAAUGAGGCAUAUGGCGGCAUUUCUGACCUUUGCACUGUAUCGCCAAGCAAGAUCUUGGCCAACCGAGUUGUCGAGAUCAGUACGGCCGAAGAGGGGCAGCCUCGUUACCUGGCUGCGAUAUCUAUGGACAGCUUCGGAAAUGCCAGCGAACCAGCUGGACAAACAGCCUCCCGAGCGCGGCGAACGCGACCAACGCGCCGAGUGCGACAGACUUCUGAGGAAUCGCUCAAAGUUGAGGCCAUAGGCCCUGUCAUCGACCUAAUAUCUCUUCAGAUUGGUGAUACGAAAAAGGUGACAGCUUAUUAUGAAAGUGCGUUAGAGAGAGUAUCACUACCCAACCUUCGGAUAUUGGUCGAAUUCAUAGAAUCAAUCCCCACUAAAAGGGGUGGCCUGGAAGGAACACCGCCUUGUGAUGUGAUUUAUGGAAAGACCGAUUAUCUCACAAAAGAGUUUCUCAUCGAUAAAUUCCGACAAGGUUUGCCUAUAGAUAUUACUUCGGACAAGCUAAAAGAAAUUAUCAAGCCUCCCUCAACGGUUGAGAUACUGACUGAGCUGUUCCAUGUCCAAAGAUCAGAAGAAAGGUUUGGACGGGACGAAAUUGAUGCAACUUCUAUUAUUGGUGUCGUUGAUCACGAACAAGCCAAGAAGAACGAGCCCGGAUCUGGCUGCGAAGACGAUGAAGUAGAGGAUUCGAGAACCUCUCCUGGAACCAUACAUAUUCAGGGGUCGCACGAAUCUUCCCUGGAAAAUUUCUAA